AUGAUGAAGCCCACAGACUCCUGUUUUUCUGGAUAUCAUGUGUGCUUCACUUUCCUGCAAGUGAUAGCAUUAGCAUCGACUUCUCAGAAUCUGAUGGUGACUACUCCCACUGGACAUUUGGUGGCUAGGGUAGGAGGGCAGGCCGAGCUCAGCUGCCAGGUGUCCCCACCACGUAGUGUGGAGUCUAUGGAGGUGCGCUGGCUCAGGAGUGACAAUUACAAACUUGUUUAUCAGUACAGAGGUGGCCACCAUGGGGUAAAUGGAGAAGCUGCCCCUGAAUAUGCGAAUCGUACAGUGUUUGUGAAAGAGGCCAUUGGGAAGGGCAAAGUGGCGCUCAGAAUUCAUAAUAUUACAAUUUCUGAUGAUGGACCUUACCAAUGUUUAUUUAAUGAUAGUGGUUUCAGUGAUGUGGUCAGCAUGAACCUCAGUGUGGCAGCAUUUGGAUUGAAGACACAAAUCCAUGUGGAGAGUUCUGCUAAUGAUGAACCCAGUGUGGGUUGCUUUACAGAGGGGUGGUUCCCACAGCCCCGAAUGGAGUGGAGAGACAGUCAAGGGGAGGUAGUUCCGUACUCUUCCCUCUCAUACUUCCAGGAUGAAGACAGAUUUUUCCGCAUCAAGAUGACUCUUCUUCUCAGAAAUCAGUCACAGAAAAGUAUUACGUGUUGUGUUCUAAACCCUCUAACGGGUGAAGAGAAGCAAACAAAUCUCAUCCUACCAAGUAAGUACUCAGUCAUGAGAGGUUAA